AUGAGGAUCAAGGCGGUCAUCCUGGUGAGCCUCCUGGCGGUGGUUAAUUGUGGCGUUCUCACCGAGGAGGUCAGCAGGCUCGCCGCUUUUCAAUCUGAUUGGCCAGUAGGUGACCCCAGGCGAUGUCAAGAGCAAUCACUCUCCAGCCAUCUCAAGGCAGAUAGGUUUGAGGUACUGCCUGGCAUAGGCUGGGACAAUCUCCGGAACCUGGAGGCAGGGAUGGUCGUGACCUACAACUUCAGCAAGUGUAAAGGCACGGACGACGGUCAGUUUCUCAUCCCCGAUGACGUCUUCACUGUCCCUAUCAAGUACAGUAGAGUGGAGACGUUCGCUGAGAUCAUCGACAGCUGGCACUCCUCCAAGUCCCUGACCUCCAACACCGUCAACAUCCAGGCCGGGUUCAGCUUUGGCGGGGUCUCGGUGAGUGGCAAGUUCUCCUACGAGCAUGAGAACAUCAAGUCCACCCAGAUAGAGGACAAGGCGGUCACCGUCAGGGUGCAACUCAGAUACCACAGGUACGAAGUCAAGCUACAACCAGAUCCUGUACUGAGUCCACAGUUCAAAAGCCGGCUGUUAAACAUCGCAACUUAUCUGGGGUUAAACCAAACCCAACAGGCCAGAUACGAGGGACAACUCUUGGUUCGAGAUUUCGGGACUCACGUGAUCACCAGUGUCACGGCCGGGGCUGGCCUGGUCAAGGACGAUUACUUAAGCAGACAUUACGCAACCUCUGAGACUACCAGCAAAACGUCCAUUCUCGUGUCUGCCAGUGCCUCGUUUCUAGGAAUUUUCAAGUUCAGCGCUGCUUAUGGACACACCAGCCAACAGACAGACACAAGCGCUUACCUCAACCAGGUCACUCACUCUUACAUUCAGACGUUCGGUGGACCGAACUUCCGGUCAAACAUGACCGUGGACGAGUGGGCCCUGGAAGUGGACAACAACCUGGUCCCCAUGGACAGGACGGGAGACCCUCUGUAUUUCUUUAUCACCACACAGACGCUGCCAGAGUUACCGCCUAUAACUGUCGCGGAAGUUGAAAAUCUGGUGAAAGAGUCAAUCGAGACGUACUAUGAGAUGAACACCAUACGAGGCUGUACAAAACUCGAUGCUCCAAACUUUAGUUUCUCAGCUAACUUUGACGACGGCUCGUGUCAUUCACAGGCUACUAAUCUUACGUUUGGUGGUGUCUUUCAAACAUGUCAGGUCUCGGGCACGUUUCUCCAUACCGACCCAUGCCAUAACCUUAACCAAGUUAACCCCCGGGCUGGGGGCUACUCAUGCCCACCCUCGUACACACCAGUGCCGCUUCUGACUGUUUCCGGAUCGCCAAAUGUGGAGUCGAGGCGUGUUUGUCACCGCUGUUGGCUGUUCUUCCACUGUUGCCACACCGAGCAGGUCGUCUCGUCCUCCACCUACUCCAGUUACUGGUGUGCGGCUACAGGCCCAGUUGAGAGAGACUCGGGCUAUCUGUUUGGUGGUUUUUACACGGGCGGCGGCAAAAACCCCAUCACGGAUACGGUGGGCUGCCCCACUGGCUUCUACCCACUCCACAUACUACGAGACACCACACUGUGUCUCAGCGAUGACUACGAAACUGAGAUGCAGUUCUCUGUUCCGUUUGGUGGUUUCUUCACUUGCCGCUCAGGAAACCCACUAGCACUCGACAGCUCUAGACCAGUUGGUGCCAAGCUGAAGGCAUCGCCACCGAACUCUCUGAAAUCUUUCUUCUCCCAGAACGGAGGAUCAGCCUCUGCUCCACAAAAAUGUCCCAUAGGCUACAGUCAGCACCUGCUUACUGUUGAGGAUGGCUGCUCCGUUUACUACUGCAUACAGACGGGUUUGCUAGCUGGGCCUAACCUACCACCCGUGAAGAGACCACCUUUUAUGAAGAAACCACCAAUCAUUGUGGACCAGGACAAUAUGUUUAUGUUCGACCCUGCUACACAGACUUGGAUGAAAGAUGAAAAAGCAAAAGAAUUCCAGAGGUCGCUGCAGGUGAAAGAAACCGUUUUUCAAGAGUCGUCAACGGUCUCAUAUCGUGAGAGUGUGUCACCAGGUGUUACUGCAGGUAUUGCAGUUGGCGGGACUGUUGGCUGUCUGCUGAUCGCCUCAGUGCUGACGCUCCUGCUGUACAGACGACACAGUCGCAGACGUGACAGCCUCUACAGGAGGUUGUCAGAUGAGAGCUCAGUGACGUACGGCUCAAGCUAACCUGACCGUUUUCCUCAGUCUGAUCGGGCAAUUCAACUAUGACUUUCUACCUACCCCCUACAGAAAGUGUGAAUUUUAAUUAAAACAUUACUUUGGAAAUAAAUAAAAAUAGAGCAAUUUAUUUAGAAUACAAUUUCUUAUUUUCAAAUUAAGAAGUAUUUAAAUAAACCUCAUCAAAAGACAUUGGAAAAUUAAAAAUUCAUGUAUCAUGUGAAUUUAAUAAACCACUUUGCUUUGUAAAACAUAUGAUUUCAUGUAAGAUGUGAAUUUAAUUAACCACUUUGCUUUUUAAAAUUAUAUUAUACCAGGUAUGAUUUAAGUUAAUUAACUACUUAGCUUUAAAAAAACUUCAAUUGCAUGUAUCAUGUGAAUUUAAUCAUCUACUUCGUUUAUUUUACAAUAUAUUUAAUGUCACUGAAAUCAACAACAAUCAGUCAGAGUAUACAUUAAAUCUUCUAUUUUUUUUAAUUUAAUUAAAAUCUAAAACAACGAGUAGCGUAUUAAGAUUAUUUUAAUA